AUGCCGCACUCUCGCUCAAAAACAUCUUCCCAAGCCGACGUUGUCGGCCAAGGGAAGCGCCUGUCGCUACAGUUCCCCAUCCAGCCAUCAAAUGGCACCAGCUCGCCUGGCACGUACUCGCCGCGGUCGCGCCCGUCUUCAUGGGUAGCGCCUUCCAAAGUGCUCUCGCCAGAGAGCGAGACGGCCCCGACUGAGAUGAGCAUUCUGGCCGUGCUCGCUGCACAGGAACGCCAUGUGCUCGAGCUCAAGGAAGAGCUUACCAAAGCGGAGGCAGACCUCCAGACGCUCAAGGGACUCUACGCCCGGCAAGAGGCCACCAAAUUCCGCUCAAAAGAGCGCAAGGCCGCCCCCUUGCAGCCGGUCAAUACCCUCAUUGACAUUACCGACGAUCCCGAGAAAGAGGACGAAGCCGGCUCAACCAUAUCCCUGGAGAAAGAGACGAUGGAGCGCCGCAAAGCUGCUCUCCUAGCCAACCCCAAGAGCAGCCCACAGAGCAACUCACAAAGAAAGGUCUUCAGUGGGUCGCGCCAUCUCCGCACCCUGUCCCUGCUCUCCCCUGAUAAGCAAUACGCACCACCCUUCCCCCAGCCCCUCAACCUCCAUGAGGAUGCAUCCACCCCGAGGCAACUUGAGGCAGCUCCCAGAUCAUCCACCUCGUCCGACCACUCGAAGCAACUCAUCGACCUUAGCAGCAAUGAACGCUACGACUCAGCCGGCCUUCCCACCAUACAGCGUGAGCAGCUCAUCCGAGCCGGUACGCAAAUGGCGAACGACCUCAAGAAGGGCCUGUUCAACUUCAUCGAUGAUAUCCGACAAGCCACGGUGGGUGACGAAGCUGUCAACGGUGACGAGGAGGCUGGCUUCACCACGCGGGAUCCCUUGAUCAAGGGCAACAAGAAGUUCGCCAAUGGCCGCCCAGCUCUGAACCGCUCAGCGAGCUCCAAGAAGUCUGUGUCAAAAUCUGGAUCAACUGGUGACGAUUUCUGGAAGGAGAUGGGUCUGAGUGAGCCUAAGACCUCCGCUGUGCACAACAAGAAGACUCACACGAACAAGCCCGCUCAGACUCCGCAAAAGCAGACACAAUCGGUCGUGGACGAGGAAGAAGAAUGGGAUAACUGGGAGACGCCCAACGACGCCUACGCUUCAAAGACUGGCGACGCCCAGGACAGCUCGGAUGAGUCGGAUGCGGCGUCUUCGCACGGCCCGGGCAGCUCCAGGACAAGCACGAGCUCGACCGAUGAUGCUGGACGCGACUCCAAGCGUAACUCGAUACCGUGGCCCGACAUGGCAAAGAUGUCGCCAAGUAACCUGAAGCGCACUGCAUCUCACCUGAUGAAGGAAUGGGAGAAGCAGCUUACGCCUCCUCCCGAGUCGCGGAACUCCAACCAUUCCCACGGAGACUACAUCGGCCGAUCCGACUCUCCUUCUUUGAUCUAA